GCGAGGCCCAGUAGCGUUCUUUCUCAUCAUCUGUGACAGCUGGACAUCUGGGGAGCAAAGACGCAAGCAACUCCUGGCAACGUUUUCCCUCAUUUUGUGACAAGCUAGGUUUUUUUCCUAUUUUGGUUGAAGUUGUUGGCAAGAACUGCCUGAAGAAGAGGCAGCCAUUCCAAAAUCUGUGGUGGCCAAGGAAGUCUGCCAGCAGCUGAAUGCCAGCUCUCUUUGCCUCCUAGUCUGCAUUUUCCUUACUGUUGCCAGGAGUUUGGAAGAAGCCAGCAGGCAAUGCAGUCAUUUGGUAAUGUCUUUCCCACUGCCAAGAUGGAUUAAUGCUGGGAGAUCUUACAACUGAGAAAGGAAAAAGGAAAGAAAAGGAAAAGGCUGGGACAAGACUCCAUGAGCAGGGUAGUCCGUGUGGAGACCCUGGAGAAGCAGCAGUUCUACCCACCUGGACCCAGGCACGGCUUUAUCUCCAUUCAUCUCCAGGCUCCAGGCACUUUCCCACUGGGCUGGGGCCUGUAUGGCUCACUGCUCACCAUCUGCCUGAGCUGCCAGACAACAGAGUGGGGAGGCUGAACAGCAAGCACUCAACUGGGAGCUCUUUCAGGACUGAGCAGGAAACUAAGCUGGAGGAAGAAUCUGUUGUGACACGAGCAAGGCCACGAAGGCAAGACGGGGGUACCCCUCACUCCAUCUGUUCCUUCCUGGCCUCUCCUCCCGAGCUGGACCCAGGGGCUUCGCACGAAAUAUGUUCUGGUUCCUACUUGCUGCACCUAAAACCUGUCUGGCUUCACCCAGAGAUACUUCUCAGCGGACCUGAGGAAACGUCACUUCCCAGUAUCUUUUUUGACAUCUCAGACAACCCGCGUGACGUCAUCACUUGCUCCAGAACACAGCUUUUGUACAAAUUCUCUCAGGACAGCCGUGAGGGGAAAGCUGAGCACACCAAAGGCCCCUGGUCCCUGUUCUGUCUCCUACAGGCGUCACGCGAGGGCCAGUGGGGAACCUCGCCCCAACAUCCGCCAUCCGCCGCUGACAGAACCUGUUACUCCCCGAGUUGGGAGUGCAGUGCGCUAACGACGGGAAGAAAGCAUUAAAACGAUUUUAAGGAAAAUAAGAUCAUGAAUAAACAUGGGGCGGUAGCACCGAUGUCGUUAAAACCAGCGGCAGUGAAACCCUAUACUUUUAAUAAGAAUGCGCCCUCUCUCGAAGGAUCUUCCAGUGACGGGCCGGGACCUGAUUUACCCAUUUCGACUCUGUAUUAGACUGAGUCUCGGCCAAACAACUGCCUCGCCGCCGUGGUGACUGUGACC